AUGAAAGUGGUAUUGAUAUUGGCGCCAGCCAGCCGAUUUGUUUUGGAUAAGGAAACUGUCCAAGCAUUGUAUCAAGCCCUUGAUACAGAAUGGGAUAAGAAAAUAUUAGGAGUUAUUCUUGGAGCAACAAGGACAAGGGCAGAAGUAGAUGCUCUAGGUAUAGACAGUGAUUCCCAGGUUAAAUAA